AUGGCUAAUGAGCAAGAUGAUGACAUGUACCUUUUCCAGGGCGACAUGGUUCAGACGCCAGGUGCUUUUGCAGGAGAUUCCUUCGAUGCCUUUCUCGAUGCCUCCAGCACGGCGCAGAACGACGACAUGAUGAAUACAGACUUUCUGAACCCCGAAGAGUUCGCUGUCAAAAGAGAGUCUACAAGUCCAAGAGUCGAUCCAACAUACACACGAGCAUCUACAAGUUCGGCUUCAAGCAGUUCUUCCUCCGAUUCUCCUCUACAUCACAACAGAAAUGUCUCGACAACUACCACUGCAUCACCAGCCAUGAGUAAAAAUGAAAUAUGGAGCACUGGGAUCAACGGCAUGUCUGUGCCAAUGAACGACCAAUACUACGAAAAUGGCAUGGACCCAGAUUUAGACCAACAGAUGGCUUCGGCUUUCGACUUCGAUACCGCCGCGAGUACACCCAGUGGUCUUGACGCAGCAAGUAUGCAAAACACAAGAGCUUUCGCGCCGCCGCCUCGGAUAAGACGAACAGCAAAUAUCAUGAGCAUGGGCAGCGCCCGACAUACAUCGCCUCGGAUUACGGCUGCACCUGCCUCAUUCUUUUUCGAAUCACGCGAGGCAUCUCCAUUGAGCUCAAUGCUUCCGACAACUCAGGCUCCUUCAACGUGGACGAAACACUCUCCAUCUUCAGGCUUGGAAGAAACCUUCCAUCACAUGGGCAUGAACGGUGACUCUCCAGGCAAUGCAACCUUUCCACCGCACAUGCACAUGAACUUUGGUGAUACUCAAUUCCAGUUCGCGCCUGAUUCUAGCGGCACACCGUCGUCAUUUGCAAAGGACAUCUCAUCACCUCCAUCCACGAUUCAUUCUAUGGACGGACAGCCCACUCUUCACGUUUACCCCACUUCUUUGAAGUCACGCGUCGAGACUCAGAUUCCUAUCAAGAUGACAAUGUAUCCACUACCACAUGGUGUACGGAAACUAAGGUUGCCUACGCACACUGUGUCCAAGCCGAAGUUUUUAGCCAAGGCGGAAACUGAUAGAUCUCAAGAUACUUUGGAGCUCUAUGUGUCAUUGGUUUGUACGAGCGCCAUGCAAGAUCCCCAGAGGAAGCAAAGGGCGUUGGCUCGAGCUCGGGGUGAAGAUUUGAGCGCCUACUCGAGACCGAGUCCUGCUUCGUCGACAGGAUCAAUAUCCUCCAAAGACGAUGACGAAAAGCCAUUAAAUGGAGGAGAGGUCAGAAUAUGCUCCGGCUGUAUUCAAAGAGAACGCAAACGCGCUUCACGGAAAAAGCAGAAGAAACCCGACGAAGAAGAAAUCUUCCAGAGAGAUGAGGAGAGGCGUGUUGUGGUCUUCAACACAAAUGAGCUGAAAGAGUGGAUAGAAGUUACAAAGGAGACUCAACUACCCUCUGAUCAGGGUCCUUUACCACCACCUGGGACGAUGCAGGUAGAAUUGCCGAUGAGAAUAGCAUGCUAUUGCAGACAUCAGAAUGAGAAGAUGGGCUUUCAGGUCAUCUUCACGAUCAAGGAUUGUCGGGACAAAGUCAUUGCUCAAGCCAUGACAAAUUCGAUUAUGAUCACAGAUGAUCACAAAACACAUAAUACACCACAACCACUGGCCACUACCCAGCCAACACCUUUACCUCAACCCUCUCAUGUACCAGGUUCUGGAGUCUUUACUGCUACAGGUGCAGAAAUGCCGCCCCAAGAACAAUCCGGAGCAAAGCUCUUCAAACAGUCGUAUUCCACACCUGAUUUGACCAGACUGCAACACAGUUAUGCAGGACAAUUCACGACAUCGAACAACACUCCCUUUGCUAUUCCACAAGCAGUGUCCGGCAAUACUUCUGCCACUUUGACGCCGAGAAAUCUAUCACGACCUGCUUCGCCUAGUGGUCCUUCUGGUCCAGCUACCAAACGCCGAAAACCUAGUGGGUCCGGCAAACUACCUUCCGGGCUGACCAUGACGCGCUUAGAUACUAUGCAGGCUCAACCAUCUGGUCCUGCGACGCUACCAAACACCGCAGCUUCUUCGCCAUUUGCUCCUAAUAUGCCAACGUUUAUGAGUGGUCCUGAUCGGCCUAUUCAACCUGGCAUGCUUUCGCGGCCAUACAAUAAUAGUCCACCUACUCCAGGAGGGGAUGGCACCUUCAGUGGUUCUAUCAAUCGAUCUUUCAGCCUAGAAAAUCUGCCUCGACAAGCUCUUAUGUCAGCCCCAAGUUCCAGACAACCGAGUCGACCAGGCAGUCCACUUGCUGGGCCCCACAAUGGUUAUGGUCAAAAUGAUUCGACUUUCCACCAAGCCGUGAAUAAUCAGCUGGUGAACCAGUCAUCUAGGAGGCCAGUGCCUGUCAUUCACAAGCUCGUUCCAGCUGAAGGUUCUAUAAGUGGUGGCACGGAAGUGACUCUGCUUGGAAAUGGCUUCUACCAAGGCCUCGAAGUCAUGUUUGGCGAUACAGAAGCGACAACAACAACAUUCUGGGGUGAGAAAUGCUUAAAUUGCAUAGCACCUCCUGCAGUUCAGCCGGGCAUGGUCGCAGUCGUUUUCAAACACGAGCAUCCGCAGUAUUCGGGACUUCAGUCCCCCUCCCAUGUGAGACAUCCUAUCUUCACAUAUGUAGAUGACAGGGAGCUGGAAAUGCUUCGUUUGGCUUUGAGAACCAUCGGCAAGCAGAUGGGCACAGACGACCCGUAUACUGCAGCACAACAGUUGAUGCAGCAGAACUCUGUGGGUAACAAUGGUAUGUAUGGUUCCCAGGCACCUUAUGGUAUGGCAAAUGGACACCAGACAAGACACAUUUCGAGCGGUUCACAAGCCUUCGCACCACAAGAAAUGGAGACGUGUCUGUUGAAAAUGCUACAAGCAGCCCAUCGACAGGUCGGGUCGUCUCCUGUACGCCUCGAUCUAGUGCGACCCACGGGGCUGAGCUUGUUACAUUUUGCUGCAUCUCUGGGUAUGUCUGGGCUGGCUACUGCCCUUCUAGCAGCCGGCGCGGACCCCAACCUCGUUGACAACAAUGGUUUUACUUCAAUGCACCAUGCAGCCAUGAAUGGCCACGAAAAGAUUAUCAGCCAUUUACGAACUGCGGGUGGCGACCAUCGUGUGCGCAGUAUCAGGAAUUUUGUGCCCGCUGACCUUGCCACAACCCUUGGGGCUUAUCAGGCAACGAUGCGACCAUUUACUCAUUCUCGAUCAAUAAGUUCAGGUGCAAGUACACUGGGUCCAGCUAGCCGUAAUGAAAGUAGUAGGUCCUUGACCAUGGGAUGGGAGUCAUCUUCGGUUGACUUUACUGAUUCCGAUUCGGGGACUGCUGAUGAGGAUGUGCAUCCACCAUCUGGCAUGUCAUUGAGAAGAUUGCCGUUCGCUCAGCCAAUACCUCGAUCCAGUCAGCCGUCCAGGAGAAGUAGUGGGCAAGAACUGCCGGUCUCUCAGGCCGUGGCUCAACCCGUUCGUGAUCAAGCAUCAUCGCCAUCGACUUUGAUGAGCGCUUGGAGACAAUUAGUCAACAUGACUCAAGCACAACAAGCUCAACUAGCCGAACAGGUACAGUAUUUUCAGGACACUAUGCCAACGUUGCCGAACAUACCACUGCCAGACUACCAGAAUAACGUGAUGCGAAGGAUGAGCGCCUUGUUCCCUCAUCGGCAAACUGCUACAUCGGAACCGCUUCUCAAGGAGCAACCGUCCUCGCCUAGCUUAGUUCCUCCACCUUCGUAUGAUGAGCUUUUCCCUGCAGCUCCUAAAAGUUUCGAGUCGGACAAGGAGAAGACUUCGGUCAUGCGAGCAGCUGCGGAAGCCGCUCUUGAUCAACACUUUGAGAAGCAAGAAAGCGGCUCCAAUCUGGUGAAGGCGUCGCGUGUUGCUGAGCCAUUGCGUACAGACACACAAAGGGUAGGACUAAUGCAGGAUCGAAAACUGUUCUUCUUCUGGAUCCCUCUUCUUAUUGUUCUGCUUGGGCUCAUGUUCGGCGGCACGACUCCGUUUUUAGUUGCAAUCUCGGUCACCAAAAGACUGGGAUCUCGUUACGUGGUUGAACCGCUGUUUGCAUGA